UCCGUCAGUUUAGUUGGAUGAAUGGAAUCUAAAAAGUUAAAAUUAACUAUUUAAGAAGUUUCAAACGGUGAUAAAUACAACGAAGAUAUCUUGUUAUUUCUAUACGAAUAAUUUUUAUAAUUUAGAAAAAAGAAAAACGUUUUGUUAUUGAAAAGUUUAUAUUCGUUUCUCGUUUUUUAUCAAGUUCGAGAUAACUAUGGCACCAACAGCUGAUAUAUGCGGGGAUACCAAAUCUACUGUCGACUUGAUGAUCAAUGGUACACCAUAUACAAUAUCAGAGGAUGUUCCGGCAAAUACAUCUCUAAACGUUUUCAUUCGUGAUCAUGCGAAAUUACGAGGUACAAAAGCGAUGUGCCUUGAGGGUGGUUGUGGUGCUUGUAUCGUUGCUGCAACAGUAAAAGGGCAAACCAUGGCAGUGAAUUCUUGUCUUGUACCUAUUUUUAUCUGUAACGGAUGGAUAAUUGAAACCAUCGAAGGUAUAGGAAAUAGAAUGAAGGGAUAUCAUUCCAUGCAAGCAGUCUUAGCAGACAUGAAUGGAUCACAAUGUGGAUAUUGUUCAUCUGGCAUGGUCAUGAAUCUCUACAGUCUUUUGAAGGAUAAGAAACGAACAAUGAAGGAAAUCGAGAAUUCAUUUGGCAGUAAUAUUUGUCGAUGCACAGGUUACAGACCAAUUUUAGAUGCAUUCAAAUCUUUUGCUUCUGAUGCACCACCCAAAUUAGUGAAGGCCAUUCAAGAUAUCGAAGAAGCUUAUAAAAUAAAGAAGUGUCCAAAAAAUGGCUUGCCUUGCUUAAAUGGAUCAACUUGUGGUCUAGAAUCGUCAACGCCCGUAUCAAUGAAAUUGGAGGAUGCAAAUUUUUACAAAGUACUUUCGGUGGACCAUCUCUUCUCGACAUUUCAAAAAUAUCCAAAUUCUACUUAUAUACUGAACGGUGGAAAUACUGCUCAUGGUGUUUAUCGAAUUGAAAAACCAGAUAUUUAUAUUGACAUAAACGAUAUUCACGAUUUGCGUCGUAUAGAAAAAACUGAACAUUCUUUGACACUUGGGAGCAAUGUGUCCCUUACACUGGCAAUGAAUACUUUUGAAAAAUAUUCGAAGGAUAAGGGCUUCGAAUAUUUACGUCAUUUGGCUCAUCAUAUCGAUCUAAUCGCAAGUGUGCCAGUCCGUAAUAUCGGUACCAUCGCUGGUAAUCUCAUGAUCAAACACAAACACCAUGAAUUUCCAUCAGACUUGUUCCUCAUGCUUCAAACUGCUGGUGCACGUAUACACAUACUCGAAAGUCCUGGAAAUAAGAUUGAUAUGACCUUGUUAGAAUUUCUUGAAAGUGAUAUGAAACACAAAAUUAUAUACAGUGUUAUCCUUCCAAAUCUCGACAGUUCCUACGAAUUUAGAUCUUACAAGAUCAUGCCAAGAGCUCAAAACGCACAUGCACACAUUAACGCUGGUUUCUUAUUUAAAUUGGAUGGAACAGGAAAAGUUAUGGAAAAGCCUAAUAUCAUAAUCGGUGGAAUUAAAGGAAAUUUUAUGCAUGCAAAAAAUACUCAAGAUUUUUUUUUUAACAAAUCCGUAUUCGAUAAGAACGUCGUCAAGUCGGCUAUUGAUAUAUUGGAUAAAGAAUUAAAUCCAGAUCACGUUUUGCCCGAUUAUUCGCCAGAAUUUAGGAAAACUUUGGCCGAAGGAUUACUUUACAAGUUUAUAUUGAAUAUAAGACCGGAGAAGAUCGAUCCAAAGCUUCGAAGUGGUGGAACAAUUUUAGAACGUGAAUUAUCAUCGGCUAAACAUGAUUUCGAUACUGAUAAAAAUAUAUGGCCAUUGAACAAACCUAUUGCAAAAAGGGAAGCCAUUUAUCAAACCUCAGGAGAGGGACAAUACGUAAAUGAUAUAAUGCCUUUGAAGGAUGAAGUAUUUUGUGCUUUCGUUGUCACUGAAGUGGCCAAUGGUAAAAUCGAAAAUAUUGAUGCCUCGGAAGCUUUGAAAAUGAAAGGAGUGGUGGCUUUCUUUACAGCAAAAGAUAUUCCUGGAAAGAAUAUAUUCAUUCCAGGUUCUAGUAAUCUGAUGAUGCUCAAUGAAGAUGAAAUGCUAUUUGCAGAUAGUACAAUAUUAUACGCUGGACAACCAGUUGGCAUAAUAGUUGCAACGACUAAUACUAUUGCAAAUGAAGCUGUAAAGAAAGUAAAAGUAACAUAUAUCGAUGCAUUGAAAACAAAACCAAUAUUGACCAUCGACGACGCUUUAGCUGAUAAUAAUAAAAACAGGUUCUUACAAACUGCACAUAAUACUGCGACAGAUAAAGGUAAAAAUACGAAACAUGUUAUCAAAGGUACAUUCUCUUGUGGUUUCCAAUAUCAUUAUACCAUGGAAACUCAAUCUUGCGUUUGCAUUCCAACUGAGGAUGGGAUAGAUGUUUAUCCAGCAAGCCAAUGGAUGGAUCUUAUUCAAGUUUCAAUUGCUGAAUGUCUUGGAAUUAAAAAUAAUAGCAUAAACGUCAAUGUUAGACGUUUGGGUGGUGCAUACGGAGCAAAAAUUUCACGAUCGGCUCAAGUAGCCUGUGCGUGUGCUCUUGCAUGUCAUAAACUUAAUCGACCAGCGAGAUUCAUUAUGUCGAUUGAAAGUAAUAUGAUAAGUGUUGGCAAGAGAUAUUCCACCAAACAGGAAUACGAGGUUGGUGUGAACAAUAAUGGACGUAUACAAUAUUUGAAUUCGAAACAUUGGGGUAAUGCCGGCUAUUCUUUUAAUGAGAUGCAUGCACCUGUUGUAUUACAUCAUAUGGGAAGCUGUUACGAAGAUAAACGAUGGUCCUGUGAUGGUUUUGAAGUUAAAACGGAUCUCCCAUCCAAUACUUAUUGUAGAGCACCGGGAUCUACGGAAGGUAUCAGCAUGAUAGAAAACAUAAUGGAACAUAUAGCUACAGAAUUAAAUAAAGAUCCUGUAGAAGUCAGAUUGAUAAAUAUGAACGCAGAGGAUAAAAGUGUGUUGGAACCAUUAAUACAAGAUUUGAAGAAAUCUGCUGAUUAUGAUUCGAGAAAGAGAGCGAUCGAGAUGUUUAAUAAUGAAAAUCGUUGGAAAAAAAAAGGAAUAUCUUUGAUACCAAUGAAAUAUCCUCUCAUGUAUUGGGGACAAUUCAAUGCUAUGGUUACCAUUUAUUCACGCGAUGGAACUGUUUCUAUUUCCCAUGGUGGAACUGAAUGUGGACAGGGUAUUCACACGAAGAUCUCUCAAGUAGCAGCAUAUAUUCUUGGUAUAGAUCUAGAUCUUGUUAAAGUGAGACCCAGUGAUAAUUUUACUGCACCUAAUAAUUCCGUCACAGGUGGUAGUAUUACUAGCGAGUCUUGUGCUUACGCAACCAUGAUGGCCUGCAAAGAACUCUUGUUAAGAUUAGAACCUAUCAAGAAAGAAUUAAACAAUCCAACUUGGCAGGAAUUAGUUAUGGCAGCAUAUUUGAAGGACGUUGAUUUGUGUGCUCGUUACAUGUUUACAGCAAAAGAUGUGACACCUUAUAAAAUUUAUGGUACAACCAUUGCAGAGGUUGAGAUUGAUAUACUUACAGGACAACAUCUUGUACAAAGAGUUGAUAUUAUAGAAGAUACUGGUAUCAGUCUUAAUCCUGAAAUUGACUUGGGUCAAGUCGAAGGUGGUUUUGUCAUGGGAAUGGGAUAUUGGACUUCUGAAGAAUUGAUUUAUGAUCCUAAAACUGGCGCAUUAACGAAUUAUAGAACUUGGAAUUACAAACCUCCUGGAGCUAAAGACAUUCCAGUUGACUUCAGAGUUUCAUUUAGAAGGAAUACACCGAAUCGAUUAGGUGUAUUACGUUCUAAAGCAACUGGCGAACCUCCAUUAUGUAUGGCUUAUGUAAUUCCUCUUGCUAUUCGGCAAGCUUUAAAUGCUGCAAGAUUAGAAUCUGGAAAAUCUGGCUGGUACCAAUUAGAUGGUCCUAUUACUACAGAAAAAAUUCUCCUCACGAGUCUAACUAAUAAGCAAGAAAUGACGCUGUAAAUUCAAUAUAACGGCAACAAAAAAUAGGAAUAAAAUAAUAAUAUUUUUAAAUAUAGAGAGUAUAUAUAGGUAAUAGAGAAAUAUAUAUAUAGAUAAUAAUUUUUACAUUUGUAUACAAUAAGCUGUAAUAUUAAAGUGAAACAAUAAAGUUUUUAACAUUA